CUGAGCAAGAUUCUCGUAGGUUGGGUGCAGUUAGUACGAACAAUAUUCCUCACUCCCACAGCUGAGCAAACCACACAUCAGUGAAUUUAUAUAUAUCAAACAGGUCAAAUCUGAACGAAAAAUCUCAAAAUCUUAAGAUCUACAAACCCUAAGCUCAAUUCUAGUUUCUAAAAAUGGAUCCAUUCUUGGCAAACAAGACCUCAAAGGUCUAUGUAGCAGGUCAUAGAGGUUUAGUUGGUUCAGCUAUAGUUAAAAAACUACAACAAUUAGGAUUCACAAAUCUCAUUCUCAAAACCCAUAAAGAACUUGAUCUUACUAGACAAUCAGAUGUUGAGUCGUUUUUUGCUGCAGAAAAACCAGAAUUUGUCAUUCUUGCUGCAGCUAAAGUCGGUGGAAUUCAUGCUAAUAAUACUUAUCCUGCUGAAUUCAUAUCUAUUAAUCUUCAGAUCCAAACUAAUGUCAUUCAUUCUUCUUAUAUUAAUGGUGUUAAGAAGAUUUUGUUUCUUGGUUCAUCUUGUAUUUACCCCAAAAUAGCUCCACAACCAAUUACUGAAGAAGCUUUACUUACUGGUCCAUUAGAACCUACUAAUGAAUGGUAUGCUGUUGCUAAAAUUGCUGGAAUCAAAAUGUGUCAAGCUUAUCUGUUGCAAUACAACUGGGAUGCUAUCUCAGGUAUGCCAACCAACUUGUAUGGUCCAAAUGACAAUUUUCAUCCCGAAAAUUCUCAUGUUCUUCCAGCUUUGAUGCGGCGAUUUCAUGAAGCGAAAGUUUCAGGUGCUAAGGAGGUUGUUGUUUGGGGGACUGGUUCUCCUUUACGAGAGUUUCUUCAUGUUGACGAUCUCGCAGAUGCUGUGGUUUUUAUGAUGGAAAAUUACAGUGGUCUAGUUCAUAUUAAUGUGGGAAGCGGGCAGGAGGUAACAAUUAAGGAACUUGCGGAGCUAGUGAAAGAAGUUGUUGGAUUUGAAGGAGAGCUUGUCUGGGAUGCAACAAAGCCAGAUGGAACACCAAGGAAGCUCAUGGACAGUUCGAAAUUAGCAGAUUUGGGAUGGGUUCCAAAGGUAUCACUUAAAGAUGGGCUAGUUGAUACUUACAAAUGGUACGUCGAGUAUUUGAAGCAGUAAGACAGGUGACUUCUACAGUUUUACCUUGUUUUCUCCAAGCUUCUCUACAUAUUCCUUUUUAUUUAGCUUUAUGUUGUAACAUUGAAGCGUUGAUUCUUUAGGGUGAUAUUGUUGUUAGAAUCGGUUGUCUUGUUUUAUUAAUAUAAUAGUGUUUCAAUGAGAAUAAAAUGCCCUUUUCUCAAGUUAUAUCUGAUACUGAACUAGCAAAUGAAUACGUUGCAAUAAUUUUAAAUAUACCGCAACCAUGAA